UAUUGUGGUUAAAUCUGUCAUUUAUAUAAUUUUACAAAUAGUUUUCAAAUUAUAAUUGUUAUGUUUUAACAACCGAACAGUUUACCAUAAAAAUGGCCUAAUUAUGGAACCAACCAGUCAAGAAGAGCUGGGACUUCAUACCAGAGAUGCCUUAAAUAAAUUACAUGUAGAUAUUGAGUCAGUUUUGCAACAGUUUAAACAUUCACAGAAAUGCAGAAAAUCAAGAAAUUGGGGAUGGGUGCGAGACACCAUCAGUGCCAAAAGCAAGCAUACAACAAUCAAUUGGAUUUCAGCCUCUUUUCAAUUAUGGGCAGCUGUUGCACUCGUUUUGGGCUAUGUUAUGGAUGGCGAUAAUGUUGAACUCUAUGAGGCAUUUAUAAUUUUUCUACUUCUUGUCGCUAAUCUUACUAUAGUGCUGUAUGACAAUAAAUUAAGACAUGAUGAGCUACCUAGAAGAGUUCAAAUGGUUCUGGAUAGGAUCAGAUGUGAAGUAAAUUUUGUUGAUUGGAAGGCAGAUAAUUAUCCAAAUUUGCAUAAUCCCUUUUCUCCUUGCAUCACAUUACAAGGAACGUACAGGGAUGGGCAGCUGGUUAAUCUUCCAUGGGCGCUUUUAGUCAAGGAUGAUAUUAUUUUAAUAAAACCAGGUCAAGUUAGUCCAGGCUACUGCGAGGCAUUAGAUAAACAGACUGAAUUCCCAAUUUUACACGCCAAAGAAAUCUAUGCACCAUCUUUGCAAAACGCGAACGAAAUGUUUAGUGCCCCCAAGUCUAGGAAACCAUUAGAAUCAAAAAAAUAUAGAUUACUCGAAACACCAUAUUUAUAUAAUCUCAAGCUGUCGCUAGAAGAAGCUUUGGAUAGGCCUAUAACUCAACAUAAUCAGCAAAGGCAUUUUGUGAUGAAUCGUGUAAUUGAAGGCAUAGUGUUACCAACGAUGUUUUUUACUGUACUUACAGCCAAUGCUUUUAGGUAUUUUUAUUUCCAACAGUAUUUGGGACACUACUCACUAGCAAACAUGUUUUUCAUUAGUCCAAGUAAUGCAAUUUUACCAUUACUUCCCAUUGUAUUUCCGUUGGUUUGGAACGUUUCAAACUAUGUUGGAAUGGCAAGAUUCAAAACUAUUUUUGAUGCAACUCGAAAUGUUGAAAGUAAUUACAAUUCGUUGGAAGAAGAUGGCGAUACCCAGCUAGAGUUCGUUGAAGAUUUUAAAUUUAGCUAUCAAGAUAUGUUUAAGAACUUUUUGGACAUUUGCAAUGGCAAACCAAAUAUUUUGUUUCGAACUGCGAAUAUCUUGCAUGUUUUGGGCUCUGUAUCGGCUUUGGGUUGCAUUGAUAAAAAAGGAAUUUUGUCUUGGCCAAAUCCCACUGCUGAGAAAGUAUUUUUUCUACAUAAUAAUGACAAUGAAUCGAGUAGUUCAGAAAGUUUAGAUAAUGUGAAUGAUCUAAAUACAGAUCAGUUCGAAGCAUCUGGAACGUUGCAAUUUGGACCAGGCAGUCCGGUUACAGCCACGGCUGAGGUUCUCGAUCUUACUCAUAAUCAUAAUGAUGCCUUCAGAUUGCGUUUCGAUGAUAAAAACUGGCAUAAUUUUUUGCCUUCAUUGAAGCCGCUUGGUUUGGCCAUUUUACUAAAUACCUGCCAUAUGGACACACAGGAUCAAUAUUCAAAUUUUUGUUCCCAUAUAACAUGUGAAGCGAUGUACAACGAGGAUUUGGUUCCAGUAACAAACCGACGGUGUCUUUGUGAAUUAGCAAAAGAAAUAGGAUUUGUUGAUCAAGCACAGAAAAUAUUCCAAUUAGAGCAACAAUUAUCAGUAUUUAGGCAUUUGCAGCCCGAGAUGGUCAGAAGGGAUAAUAAGUAUGCCAGAACCUUACAUCUUUCUACGCGUUUAAAAUUUCCGUUUCCACACGCAUUUGCAGUUGUAGUUCGUGAAUUAUGUAGUGGAAAUAUGCAGCUGUUGAGUGAAGGAACAGCAGAUAUUCUUUUGGAUUGUUGUGUUGACUAUUGGAACGGCAAGGAUUUGUGUCCGUUGACACAUUCAGAUCGAAAGAAAAUUCAGGACUUUUAUCAGCGAAGUAGUUUGACAGCAUAUUGUACUGCGUUUGCUUACAGACCUUUAGCAAAAUUAGUUAGUGAAAAAUUGAGCGAAGUCUAUUUGGAACUUCCAAGCGAUAGCAGGCACCUUUAUAUGAAUCACCGAAGCCCUACACCGGCACAUUGGGAUUGUAAAAGUGUUCUGGAACCACAAAUUCAUAAGAGCGCUCAGUUUUUCAGUACAGAUUCGCUUUUAUACAACGAUUAUCCAACUAAAAACAACGCUUCGGACGCUGAGAGUUGUUUUCAAAUGCAAUGUAACCAAAUAUUUAUUGGGAUGGUCUCUAUGCAGUAUCAAGCUCUAUCCGAUAUGGUUCAGUUGAUUGAACAAUUGCAACUAGCAUGUAUACGAUUUGUACACUUUAGCAAGGAAAACGAGUUAAGAUCUAGAGUGUUUAAUGAAAAAAUGGGCCUGGAAAGCGGAUGGAAUUGCCAUAUCUCAUUACUGAGUGACAGAAAUAAAAGGGAAAGCACCACUCCUGUUAGUUUGGACUCGUCGCCAACCAAUACAGGCAAAGAACUUACUGUGGAACCGAUUGGGGCUGUAGACGACAAGUCGCUGUUAUUAGAUAGACAUUUGGAAUCAUCAAGGACAAUGAGUUUUUCGGCACCCAGCGCUAUUAAUUUAGAUCACUCGGUGGUAAAGUUUGAUACUGAAGUUGAAAAAUUUCAUAUCUCUCGGCGGCAAAGUGAGGCUCAAGAUGACGCAGCCAGUCAAGAUAGUUUGCCUGUACACGCUGAGAGUACUACUCACGAUUGGCAGUCACUUAGCUGUUUGACCGACAGUACUGAGCAGAGUGCACCUAUAAAUUUUGAUAUGAGCAACAGAGCCAAAUUGCCUCGCGGAAUAGACAAAAUCCGACCUCACAUCGAGCUAAUAGAUAAUGUUCCACUCUUGGUGUCUUUGUUUACUGAUUGUACACCUACAGCGACAAGAGAAAUGCUAAGAAUAAUGCAGGAUUAUCAGGAAGUAGUUUGCAUUUUGGGAUCGUCGCAAAAUUGCGACAAUGCCGGCAUAUUCAUGCAAGCCGAUGCAGCAAUAUCAGUGGAGCCGCUUUAUCCACAAGUUUGUCAAAAGGUGGAAGUCUGCAAAAAAAUCAAUGGGUUCAGUCCAACAGAUUUAUCAUGUCUUCUAAAUUCAAUUGCUUGUUCUUUAACCAUCAGUCGAUCGGAUCCAAUCUCAAUUUAUCAUCUAAUAAUGGAAGCCCGGAAUUUUGCCUCAACUUUAUGGAGCUCGGUUCAAUAUUGGCUCUGCUGUUGUGUCAUUUUGAGCCUAAUGCAAGUUGCUGCUGUUGUUUUUAUGCUUCCGGAACUGAUGACUACUGGGCAUAAUCUUUGGUUAGCUGGAGUUGUGGCUCCAGCGAUUAGCAUAGCUCUCUCCAUGACACCUGUGGAUCCAGAACUUAUGAAGAAGCCACAAGGCAAAAUUCAAGCUAGUUUUCGAUGGAAUACAAGUAUUUUCAUAUUUUGGUGUUAUGGUAUCAAGUUCCUGCCGACUGUUAUCACAGUUUUAAUUUCGUACGCUGGAGUGUUAUCUAGUCAUUGCGACCAAAUGUGUUCAGAACCCUUCUCCGAUUUGGGACCAUGUAGAUGCAUUUUCUUUUACAAUCCAACUGGUUAUAGAAAUAUUUCGGGUGGCGCCGAUGUUGGAGGUUUUGAAGAAGGUAGUUGGACCCUUUUGACUGCAAGACUGAUUGUUAUCUUUAUUGUUUUAUUACAUUUUGUUGUACUUUCUAUAGGAUUUGUACAUAGGAAUAGCUUAAUCCACAGAAAAUCACCUCAAAGUAAUAUCAUUUGGUUGACCACCAUUUUCCUACUAGUGUUUUGCCAGAGUCUUUAUACAUUGAUAACGUAUAGAGGAUUAAUGAACACGGAACCACAUAACACUCAGUUCCCGAUACCUUUGUGGAUCAUAUUAUUUGGAUCAAUCUCGCCUUUAGGAAUAUUUGUAAUUAAUGAACUAGUUAAAAAAGCUGAAAUCUCGUCAAACAAGAGAUUUUUAAAGAGAGCAAGACUGGAUUUUGGUACAAAGUUGGGAAUGAAUUCGCCAUUUUAGAAGAUUCCAUUCACUGACUCAACACAUUACAGACUACUAAUAUUGUCUUGCCCAUUUGACGAGUCAUCAUCUUUUAAAGUGCCAACGUUUAUUGGGUAUGACUUUCAUUGGUUAUCAAUCGGCUAAAUUGUAGUUGUAAAAGGAAUAUUGUUUGAGUUUGCUUCCUUAUCUUCACUCUGCAUUAAUGGAGUAUAUUGCAUCAAAGAUCGAAUUUGUAUAUGUUUAUCUACUAGAGCUUGCCACGAUUUAAUUUGCUUUUAAAUGGGUAUUUUUGUGUAGACUCACUUUCUCUAAUUCAAUCAAAGCUUAGAAUGAGGAGGAAAAUAUUUGAUGAAAAACUACUACUUUCUCGAAAUACCAUUAUUAUCUGCUGCGUUGUGAUAUAACAAAUGGUUUUUAGGAACUUAUUUUCGCAGCGGGUGAUUUUGUACAUACGAAAUUGCAAUAGUUUUUAUAUAAUGUGUCACUCUUGCUUUCAACGUUUCUUUCGUAUACGAACUGUUAUGUAUGUGAAGCAAAUAUUUAGGGCGAGUCAGCUUUUAUGGUAACAAAUUGUUACAAAUGGGGAAUGGGGAAUUCAUAAAUACAUAAUGCUUACUUGCAGCUUCAAAGUUUUUUUUACUGAAAAGUAUAAUUUUUUAAUUCUAAAAAGGCUCACUGAGUUAAAAAAAAUUAUACAAUCAGCAACUUCUCGAUUUGUUAAUCUCAGUAAAGAAGAAACGUUUAGUGCAAAAAUCUAACUCGAAACUAAGCGAAUCAAUUCCUAAACUUCAAAUAUCAAUUUUUAAGUGAAAGAAAAAUAUGAUAGAUUGCCAACUCGUUAAUUUGUUGAUCAUAAAUGCUGCCUUACUCUAUUUUAGGGUUUUGUUGUCAAUUGGUUGUUAUUUAUUUAAAAAAAUUACGAAAUUGAAUCGAAAUGGAAAACUCAUCUGUUAGGGCAGUCUAUAAAAUAUAUUCGAGUAGAGAGCCGCUGGAGAAAAUUCUAUGGCACAGAAGAUUGCUCGAAUUGUAAUCAAUUAUUUUAUAUUCUAGCUAUUCAUUUAUCGAUUUAACAGUAUGUAUAUCUGUAGUUAAUUGACUAUUUUAUCGAUUACAAUUUUGGUUUUACGAAGUUCUAGGACUAACCCCUAAAGACACCGGUAAUUGUUCUGAUAAAUGUACGAAAAAUCCUAUUAUUCUAUUUUUAUAUAUUAUACUUCUAGGUACACAUAUAUUUGUUUUGUUGCUCUAAGAUUGGAAUGUUUUCAAAGUGUGAUAAUAAUGUUUCGCUUGCGUCUUCAAGGGGUACCAAUCCAGAAUGAAUUUUUUUACAAAUACAUAUUGAAACAGCA